UCAUAGAAUGUAUGUUUAUCUUAUAUUCUAUUUUAUACUGUGAUUCUAUUUUGUGUUUAUUUCUUGCUUAGGAUUUAUGCUCUUAAUUGUUACUUUACCGAAUUUUAAAAAAAAAAUGUUAUAAUUUGUGAAAAAGUGAAAUAAUUUUACUAAUUGAGUCGUUUACUUUAAUUAUGCAAUGCGGUAGUUGUGAUUAAUAAACAAUAAGUGUGUCAAUUAUUCAAACCAUUGGCAUUAUGAGUUCUCCAAAUAAAUAUAAUUACCAUACAAGCCCUGAAGGUACGUUUGUGGCUGAAAGACCAAGUGAGUGGCUUUCAAAAAAAAAUAGAAAACCUUCUCCAUCUGAAUCUACGUCAUUUGAAUGUCCCUAUACAUUACGCAAGACUGAUCAGAUUCAAUACGAUAAUCAUCUUUGGACCAUUGGUGACAUUGUAUCUUUAAGAAGAUCAGCAUCACUCAAAGUUUUCUAUGCUCAAAUUAUAGAACUAUUCGAAAAUAGUUUGUGUGAAAAACGAGCCAAAGUUAUGUGGUUGGGUCCUAAAUCUAACAUUGGAGUCACGUACAAGAAAAAACUGGUACAUCAUGAGAGUUUUAAACCUAAUGAUUUUGUUCAUAUCAAUUUGGACAAAAGAUUAGUAUCUUUGGAUUGCUUAAAAUUUAUCAUGCACGUUCCAAACCAAUUUGAGUAUAAAAAACAUAUUGGUACUGAUUAUUUAGUCGAUACACAUAUUAUAUCACAUGCAGAAAGAUAUGCUGAAUCUGAUGAAGACGAAGGACCUAAAUCGAAAAGUAAAGUUAGACGGCUGCUAAACAAGUGAUCAAAAUAAUCAUAAUAAUAAUUAUAACUUCCUAUUAAAUUUAUUUAAUUUAUCUAUUGUAAACCAAAUUUUUAUUUAUCUUAUUUAAUUCCUAUUAAAGUGUGUUUAUCUUAAUCGUUUGUAUACAAUGUUUUUA